AUGGCGGGAGGAAUGGGGUACCCCAAAAACCCAGCCGUGGGGAAGUCGACCUUCCUGAAGCUGCUGGGUGCCACCUUCCCCUCCUGGCACCUGGUGACGGAGCCGGUGGCGCAAUGGCAGAGGGUCCCGGCCGGCACCGAGGGCGCCGUGGGCUCCACCAACCUCCUGCAGAUGAUGUACGAGGAGCCGGCGCGCUGGUCCUACACCUUCCAGACCUUCUCCUGCCUCAGCCGCCUGAAGGCGAUGCUGCCGCCGGUGCCCGAGGGGCAUCCCGGGACCCCCUGCCCCGUGCGGGUCUUUGAGCGCUCCAUCUACAGCGACAGGUACGUCUUUGCCCAGAACCUGUUUGAGGCCGGGCACCUGCAGCCGCUGGAAUGGGCCAUUUACCAGGACCUGCACGGCUUCCUCCUGCGCCAGCUGGGCCCCCGCGCCGCCCUCCACGGCUUCCUCUACCUGCGGGCAUCACCCCAGACGUGCCUGGAGCGGAUGCGGCGCAGGGCGAGGAGCGAGGAGGGGGGGGUUCAGCUGCGGUACCUGCAGCAGCUCCACACCCAGCACGAGCGCUGGCUGCUGGACAAGACCACGCAGGUUCACUUUGCGGGGGUGAAGCACGCGCCCGUGCUGGUGCUGGACGUGGAGCAGGACUUCGAGCACGAUGCGGCAGCGCAGGGCGUCCUCAUGGCGCAGGUGGGCACGGCCGCGGUGACACAGCUUGGUUCGGUGACAGCCGCUGGUGGCAGCGCCGGGACCACG